GCUGGUCCCAGAUUUUCAUAUUGCUUCCUCAGGCGUUUGAUGUUUUUAAUAUUACUGUGUGCAAAUAAUUUGUUUUCUCGUUUUACUUAAGCUUUUUGUUGCUAACAUAAAAGGCUAAAUUCUGGACAGCAUCAAAGAGUAUUAAAUUCCGUGUUUGGCUGUACUUGAUGCUCGCGAGUUCUGUCAGUCGAGUGACCAGUUUGUGGACAUUUUUAUAUUCAAUAUCGAUGUAAGCUUUAUAGUCUUCAAUGGCGGUGAAGCUACUUUAUAUUGGUGAGUAGUAACUUUUUUUAUCUUUCUAGCUUUAAUGUAGCCUUAUAGAUCACUACAUAAAUAAUAAAUAUACUGUGCCUCGUUGAAUUGAUAUCAAAACACUCCUCAGGUGUGUAGUAAACUUGAAAUAGUUGUGUUGUUCUUUAGGAGCGGAGUUUAAAAAAACCCUUAUGAGGUCAAUUAUAAAUUUUUAGAGGAAUUUUAUGGGGGUGGAAAACGAUUUUAGGGGUUUUGUUGAAACAAGAAAUACCUUAUCAUGACAGAUUUUUCUUUGUGGGAUGAGGUUGGAGGGAUGUAUUAUGCACCUCAAGCAGGGGGUGGGUGGUGGGGGGAGGGAGAAGGGAAGGGCAUAAUACUAAUUAACAGACAAGAAAUUUUUAUUUCACAUACCUUUUAAGUUGAAUGUUUCAAACGAGGAAGGGCAAGCUUACAUUACACUGCGAGCAGAGAUGUGUAACCCAAAGAAUCAUAUCGCAUUUGCAGAAAAUGCAAACAGAAAAUUGACGGUGCUAUUAAGAAGGUAGAAGCAGCCGACAGAUUUUUUCAACUGAUAUGGAGUUAAGGACUCGAUGGUAGGAAUGUUAAAAUCUUUUAAAGCCUUCUGAACCACUUCGUCGAAACUUUCAUGGGAGAAAGCCAUCUUCCACUUCUUGUAUAUCAUCACGGGCUCAGUUUAGCAAAGCUGCCUAUUACCCGUGCUUCACCCUCAAGGGGUUUACAUCGAUAGGUGCAUUAAAUAUCAGAGUCUGAAUGAGCUGCCUCCCCUAAUUACCUGAAGUAAUCUGUGGCAAUCUGAAGCAUACACUACCAACUGGACAACAAGAAAAUUUUGGGGUACACCAGUCAAUUUUGCUUAUUCCAUCUCCAUACGCUUGCUGAGAACUGUAUCAAAGUUCCCAGCCAACAGCUACCACUUUUUGUGUUUGGUGAAGCUGGUGCUUUAAGGAGUGCUUUUGCACUAGCCUUGGCGGCAAAUGGCAGGGUUCGUGAUCCCAAGUGAGAUCUCUCACCCAGGCCUCUACAAUGCUGAUGAGUGCUAAUGAGAACAUUGGAAUCAGCUAGCCUGCAUGUCCAUGGCUACCACUGCCUGCACUUGUUCUGCUGUGUGCAUGUGUAAGGUACUAGCGAUACUGUGGAGUUGUUAGUGUGUGCUUCAGUGCUGAAAUUGGUACCAAUUAUAUGGGUCAGAGUGGUCCAAUUAGGCACUUGGCUCUGUUUGCUGAAGUUGCUGCUGCAAAGCUGCUUUGAUGCUUGAACCAUAUAUAACAAUACUAUGAUUCCAGCUAACCAGAAAUAUGCAAAUUUUCCACAUUAAUGUAAUCAGGUUUACCAAGCUUAUGCAGGGUUCUCAAUAGAAGGCGGCACCCGGCGAUUGAUCGCCGCUUACUUUGGGAUUUAUAGCCGCUUACUUUGUGUUUAAGUCGCUUUUCUUUGCUUUGUUUUCACACCUCUGGCUUUGCUGAAGAGCCUCCUACUUUAUCAGUGAUCACCUCCUACUUAAAAAUCUAUUGAGAACCCUGUUAUGUACUUGUAUUGCCCUCAAAAAGCUUAAACCCAGCCUGAUAUUAAUUUGCUUGAAGUACAGGGAUGUAACAACAAGACCAUAUCAACAUCAAGUCUAUUUAUUUAUCAUGAAAAUUUUCAGGUGUGCUGAUUUUGGCAUUUAUGAAGACAUGGGCUUUUGGUAAAGGUAAAAUAUUGUAAUCUUUAAGGGGAAAUUCUGGAUGCCUUUGACUGACACUGUGAUAAUGGGACAGUAUGGAACAGGGUAGUCAGCGGGGGGAGGACUGGGGGGCAAGGAAAAUGUUUUCUAAACAGAUCAACAGAUUUUGUGAACUUUCCACUUGACCUAAUAAGUGAAAGCCACUUAUCACUGACAGAUAGUGGAUCUUCGCUGAAUGAACCCAAAUUAAAGUUGACAGACUUCUGUGGAGUCACUCUCUAUGUGCCACACCCUAAUUAUAAGCUUUUUGUCAGAGUGGCCAUCUUGACCAUCAAGGGCCUUCCUUUUGCACUAGAAACAGAGUGAUUGACUAAGGAAUCCUAAGCUUAUGAUAGAACAGAGUUCCAUCCUGUAUGCAAUAAUCAAUGACAUAAAAAAGGACGUUUUGGAUAUUUUGGGGGUUGGUAUUUUCUAUCGACAUUUUCUUUACCGUGGUUCAAAAAAGGAACUCAGGUUUCUGUUACUUUGGGAACAAACUCAAACAAGACCACCAGAACUUAUAAAUUUAAAGAUUUAAAAUGAUGUUGAGUUUUAUUGGCGAAUGAAUUUUCAAAUUAAAGGCAGGCUCUUUUGCAGUAUACCUAACCUGUUGUUGGCUGAUUAAUGUUGGAAGGGCCCCUUGCUGAGUUCUUUGUUCUAUUACUGCCCCAUUCCAGAUGUUUAAAAUUUUUUUUGUGAUACGGUGAAACUUUUGUGCUUGUAAAAUGAUAUCCCAUUCUUUGAGAUGUCUCAAAUUUCCUUGGAUGCCACAGUAGCUAGAUAUGGGAUUUCAAAAAUAAUCAAAGGCCUGUUGGAGAACACAGACCCAUUUGUAGGAGGAGGGCAUGAGGGGGGUAUGAACACCGCAAAACCCCACAGAAAUAUGUAUAAACAUCGCACAGAAUAACAUAAGAAAAUCACAAACUGAGCUUGGUUUUGUAAAACCUCAAUACCGCAACUUAAAGUAAAGAUUUCCGCAAAACCGCACCAAAUAUCAAGCAAAACCGCAUCACUGCAAACCCUUAUGCCCCCCUCAUAGGUGUACCAGUAUCCUACUCCUAAGAACAAAGCACCAAUUAAAGUUCUUAAAAACGAAUUUUAAUGAACAGUAAUUGACAGUGGUACAUUUAUGUUUAUAUUUCUUAUAGAUUGGGAGUGUAUUUCGAACAAAACUUUGGAUGCCCCUGGGUCACCUACAGAAACCACCUUUUACCUCCCUUAUCCUCCUUUUGGCUUUCCUUUGAAGUCCUGUGGAUGGUUCAUCACCGCUCCUGAGAAUCAUAUUGUUAAGGUACAAUUUUCAAAAUCCUUGUUGCUGCUUGAAUACAGCAUUGUUAUGGUUUAUGAUGUGGAUGGCUCAGAUCUCCACUUUGCGGACCGCCCAUCUUACUCGACGGUUUUCUCAAAGUAUCGACAUCUGUACAUUGUUUUUAAAUAUCACAAUAAAGAUGUCAUCAAGGAGAAGAUAGUUGUUGGUUACACAGCCUUUAAACCAGGUAUAAAACCACUUUUAUCUUUUUGUCAUAGACUUAGUUAUACUCUUUUUACAGGCUGGCAUUAUGUCUACUGAAGUUGUGCCACUAGGAUAGGCUCUGCCAGGCUCUCACAUAGUAAGGGACAAUAUAAAAACAAUGCGAAGUAAAAAUAACAUCUGUGCCUGUAGACAGAGACAGCACCCUAGGUGCAAUAGGCCAUCUGCACUAAGAGGUCAUGUGAUAUCGUUUUUUUGAAAAUGAAAGUUAUAUGAUUUUGCCUUCUCAAAACCAUUAGUGGGUCAUAUCUAAAAGAAAAUAAUAGUUAUGUGGUUUUUUAAACCCGUACCAUUUUCUUAAAAUGAGUGGUAAGUUAUGAGUGGUAAGUUCGUAGCUGGUCACGUGACCAAAAUGUGAUUUUUGAAGUUAUGAAUUAUCUCUCUCUGAACUCAAAUUUUGCACUUAAACUUCAACGAAAAUGUUGAAAAUAUGAUUUGGAAACGUUUACAGCACAUCUGAGCGUAACUAUCAAACGUUUAACAAGAUAUAAGCUAAAAGUAGUUUUGGCCGACAAGUUGGCGGCCAAUACAAAUCUUACUACUUUGUUGAAAAAUAAAAGUGCCAUGAAAUAUCUCCCUUAAAUGCGCUUCCUCUCAAAUUUCGGGUAUAAGAUAAUUUUUAUGUGCUCUGUCAAUUUUUGGCAUAAGCGAGAUUCCAACUCAUUGUUUAAAGGAAGCGUUGGUCACGUAACCUCUUAGUGCAACAAGUGGCCUAUUUCAAUGCUUGAGUUCGUAUCGAAACGACUGUGUAUCGAAAUGACCGGUUAGAGGAUUGUAGGAACAAGCCAAAGGCAAGACGAGGCACCUGCCUCAUCUAGAUUUGAACCCACAGUUAAAAAUUUUUGCUGGUAAAGUAGACACCAGUUGACUGACAUUGAUCUUUUGCUGAAGAAUACCUCGAAAGAAGCACGUUUUAGAGCUUCUAGAUUGAAAACUUUUCUUUGGGGCGUGCUCUCGUCCCUCGACCAUACCAAAAGUCUGGCUAUAGCCUUGAGCUAGCCUGUUCCAGGCUCUCAGAUAGUGGGGAAGUCGCGAAAGUGAUUGGCUUGCGAAAAGUUGGCGGGGCGUUAUUUUCGCGUUCGCGCUGUCUCAAUUCAGCGGACCCGAGUAUCUAGGAGCCUGGACCAGGCUAGCUUUAAGCAGACCGAUUUGUUGGUAUAAAAACAGACAACUUAUAUACUACCAUGUAGAGCAAUUUUAUCUUCGCGUUUUGAAGAAUCAGACUACAACUGGCGCAGACAGACGAGUCAAACCCAGUCGGUAUACACGUGCACGCGGAAAAAGAGUCGAUUGAUCAAUAUGAUGAAAGUAUCAUAUUGUAUAGCCCAUCACAAAGCGUUUAAGCGCUAAAUAUUAUUUGGAGUUAUUUGGGGCGCUCAUGCCAAGGAGGGUAUUGGAGGGGACGGUUUCUUCCCAAAAACCCGCAACGAGUACCCCCAGGGGAAAUCUACAUGGGGGUAAUAAUUUUCUGCGGCGUGAUUAUUUCUUACUGACGUUUCUCCGUUGCAACGUUGCAAGUGACAGUAUUAUUGAUAGUACUUCUCGUCUUUAAACAGGGAGGGUGUGCUCAACUCAGAAUUCCUACGAUCAAAACAAAAACAUCUUGCUCAGAAACCCGUCUGGUGUGAUAAAGACUCCGGGCUUUCCGUUGGGGUACUCCAACAACUCAGUCCGCGAUUGCUAUUGGAAGUUAAUAGCUCCGAAGGGAAAAGUAGUGCGCUUGACGUUCGAAACCUUUCAACUCCAUCCUGGCGACGAGGUUGAAAUUAAUAAUGGCAGGUAUGACUGGUAUCCAUGGGUACUCAACAAAAGGAACACAGAACCUUCAUUUACAGUAUUCUCAACAGAACGCGAGCUUGGUAUUCGUUUUGACAUAUAUGGGAAUUAUCAUCACGGUAGUGCUACGGGAUUCGCUGCGAAUUACUCCAUGAUACCUGGGGGUAAGAAAAGUUUUUAAACUUGGGUCAUUAGACGUUUCUGGGAAACUGUCCACCUACCCCUCCCCUAAGCCGUCAUGAAACUGUCCACCUACCCCUACCCUAAGCCGUCAUGAAACUGUUCACCUACCCCUCCCCUAAGCCGUCAUGAAACUGUCCACCUACCCCUACCCUGAGUCGUCUUUAACACUUACUUCUCACUUACGGCAAAAUGUUGGCUUAGGGGAGGGGUAGGUGGGCAGUUUCCCAGAAACGUAAAAUGAUCCCCAAAGGGCUUGCUCUGCGAAGCAAUGUACUCGUGACAUACCCUUUCAUCAUAACCAGUCUGUUCUUCUUAGUUUCCUCAGAAGCUUGCUUAACCAAAGAGAACCGUACUAUGUACUCAGGUACACGGAGAGUGGAGGAGCUUUUAACACUGGGCUAUCCACGAAUCCCUAGGGAUGGUGACAUAACCCUGUUAAAAUAACUACUCUGUUUUUCUUAGUUUCCUCAGGAGCUUGCAUACCCAAAGAGAACAGUAGCAUGUACAUACGUGGAGAGGGGAUGAGCUUUUCUACACGCGGCUAUCCACGAAACCCUGGGGUUGGAACCUGCAGUUGGAAUAUCAGUGCCCCGCUUGGGUACUUCAUAAAGCUCUCUUUUUGGAGAUUCUUGGGGUUGUGCAACCAGAGCUAUGCGGAAGUGUUUGAUGUUUCGAGCUCCACUACUGCGUUUUUAGGAAAGUAUUGUGAUUAUUAUUUAAACAAAACUAUGAUUUACUCAAAAGGAAAUAACGUAAUCGUUAAGUUUUCGCAACUUUCAACUUCACCUGAACAAGGCGGGCUGAUAGCAACGUACGAAGCUUUAAAGACGGUCCCAGAGCGGUACUCUUGUUCCAGAGAAAACACACGCAUCAACCUUCGGGGCCUUCAUGGUCAACUCGCAAGUUUAGACUAUCCUCUUCUGUACACUAACAAUGUUGCAUGCUCAUGGGAUAUUGAAGUUCCGACAGGAUAUCUUAUCCAGCUCACCUUUCAUUCAUUUGAUCUGGAAUAUUCUCCAGAAUGUCGAGCGGACUAUGUGGAGAUUAAACAGGGUAUGGACAUUUCCUGGUCCACUGUUAUCGGAAGGUACUGUGGAACAUCUCUGCCUCCAGUUCUUCUCUCAAACUACCCCAAAGUUUACGUUGACUUUGUAGCCAAUAGCUUGGCAAGAUAUCGAGGAUUCCACGCCAGCUUCACUGCAGUGCCCGACCGUAAGUAAAGCUGGUUUUUAGUGCCUUAACGCUUUAUAACAAAGCCAUAAGAGUAAUCAGCAUACUGAUACCUUAACAAUUUCUCCCCACUACUUCUAUGGGAAACGUAUAGAGAAAACAAUUGAGAAUUUAAAUUUUGAUAUUAAGGUUUAAAAGGUUAAUGGUGCAUUUUGAGGUUGCGCUUGAGUCUGGGGCGGUGUUUUGCACCUUUUCUUUUUUGUCCAUGCAGCUGAAUUGCCGAUACUCUGUGGCGAAGUUCGUUUCUCAAUCAACAAUAUCAACAAAUUUAUUUCACUGCGCUAGCCAAACACAGCAAAAGCUGAUUACAAACAAAUAGAAACAGUUAUGGUGUUCACAACAGCUACAAAAUUUCAGAGAAUAAUUAAUUACGUAAAAAUUUAUGCAUUAUAGCUAGUUCUACUAUAUAUGUUGGUGUAAUGUUUUUGUAGGCGCCUUUUCAAACGCAUCGUUUGAUACGUUUAUAGAUAUAAUAAGCCUUCUAGCUCAUAAAUGAUGGAUGUGCUGUUAAUCUACGUUGACUAAAAGACGUGUUUUAGAAAUGAAAGUGAGGACUUGUCGGCGCCAGGCAAAGUAGUUUUCGUUCUUGUGUGCUGUUAAGCAUGUUUAAACGGAAGAAAAAUCGUUAUUUAGAGAAACAUGGAGAAUUUUUAUCAUGAUAUUUACUAACUAUAAAAUGUUUGAGAGCAAGCAAGGUGUAUUAAGGGCGAAGCGAGCGGAAUGGCGAAUGCCACACUUAAUUGACCCUCGCCAAAGAAGUUAUCAUCCUUGUCCAUGUAUUUGGAGUAAUGUAUAAUUUUUCUUUCUUUUGAUUGCCUUUUUCAACUGCUUGCUUUAAUUUAUAGCGUCUGUAGGGCCCUGCAAUAGCAAAGGAACCAUUACCAUGUCUGGUAAAAGAGGACGACUAUUCUCACCUCGUUAUCCCAAACCAACCCCUCCCAGAAGUAUCAACUGUACGUGGAUGAUAACAGUCCCCAAAGGAAAUUUUGUGAAGUUGCGAUUAACCUCUAUCAAGUUAGACGUAGAUUGCAGCCCUCAUUCCACCUUCGAAAUUCGUGACGGUCAAAAUUCCUCCAGCCGCUUGUUGAGGUCAAUCUGUGAGCAGCCGUUUUACGGGUCCUCCUACUUCUCUAGUGGUCGCCAUAUUUGGGUUUGGUUUCAGAGUCCGAAGCAGGAUUGGACUUACUACUUCACGUUCAGCGCAGAGUUUGAGGCGGUCACACAAUGUAAGUACGGUCGACCUUAUUCCCGACACCCGCCAUCUUUGUACGCCCUUGGGGAUUGAUGGGAUAAAAAUGAUGUCACGUGAUUUCUCAGGAGGAUAAAUGGUGAUAAACAAGAAAUCACGGUCGAGUUUGUUUAUUCUAGUCGGCAGAAAAUAGACAACUUUUUAUCUGAAAAACGAUAAUGGCAAAUUAUGGGUGGAGCCAAGAGCCAUACCCUAUUAUGGCUCUUGGUGGAACUGAACAUUGUUACCUUUUUGGACGGAGUAGCGACCGUAAUUGCAAUUGGGACAAAAGUUUAUUAGUGUAAUAGCUGUGGCGAAUGCAUCAGACUAAACUAAACAAACUGAACUAGAUGUCCUCAAAGCAAGCAAUAAUGACGUGUAAAAAUGGUCGAAACUAGAUCUGUACAUUUUGCAUGACUAAAAUCGUCAAGUGGUUUGAGAGAAUAAACUAACUCGAUCGCGAUUACUUGUAUAGACCUCUUUCGUAAUGACGGUCUAUUGAUAUAAAAUAGGUCGAGGUCAGAAAGGCUAAUUGUCAUACAUAUAAAAGAAUAUAUCAAUAAGCCGCCAUUAUGAAAGAGGUCUAUUUGAAAACUUUUAUCACUUGUUUGCCCCCUGAAAAUACCAUUUGACAUUGCCUGUAUCCCAUCAAUCUUAAAGCGCGUACGAAGAUGGUGUUAUCGUAAAUAAGGUUACUUGACUUUACUGGUGUUAUUCCCUGCUAGCAAAGGUCUAUCACGGUAAGAGAAAAAGGGAGAAGGGAGAGACCCCCCGACGCCUUUUUUUUUAAGGUAGCCGCCGACCGCAUUUGUGGUCGAAACUUGCUGGUUUUCAAAACCGGUUUCGUUUAACAUGGAAUGCGUUCGCCCUGUUUGGACUGCACGCUAAAAAUUUUCUGAGCGCACAGUUGUUAUCGCGUAAACCGGUUCUAGAAGUUGUGUCGCAAGUGACUAAAGAGUUGCUUGUUAUUAAGGAAACGCCAGUGCAUGCGCGAUAUAAAAUACAUCGGAGGCCGGCAUCUUUCCCUUCCUUCUUCUCUUGCCAUGAGACACCUCUGCUAACAGGGAACUAGUAUUACCACUCUCUCUCCCGCUGAAAACCAUUGAAACCCUUUAAGAUCCGCUUUACCCUCACAAUGAUCAUAACUUAAUUAACUGUGUCUAAGGCGCAGGUUCUAAUCAUUUUUUAACUUUGGACCAUUCUAUUUCUAGUGCCAGCGUCUUAUUCCUGCACUGCAAAUAACCGCCAUGUGGAACUGAAUUCUGAAUCCGGAACCCUGGCCAGCUAUAACUACCCUCUGCCAUACGACGACUAUGGCAGUUGCUCUUGGAUCAUUCGCGUGAGUGGGAAUAAGCAGAUUGAACUGUCAUUUGAUGCCUUCAAUCUAUCAGAAGCCAGCCCAGACUGUCUGGAUUUCCUGCAGAUAUCAAAUGACCCUGAUGAGGUUGAUCUUUCGCCAAAACUUUGCGGGUCGAAGAUUCCCUCGUCUUUCACUUCAAAAGGAUCAGCUCUGUCACUAUGGUUCACUUCUAGUGGCCAGACGAAAUAUCCCGGAUUUAAAGCGAGAUAUAAAACUAAAUGUAAGUACUGUAUAUAUAAAGUAUUCCCCGAUUGUAUUCAUGCCCCAAGCGCUUCGUAUUAGCGCCGUGUUAUGGUAGUACUCUCCUAGAACUCUGCAAGAGAGAAUGAAGUCAUUAAGACAAAGUAAGUGGAAAGUGUUGAUCAAAAACAUUUCAAGAAUGUAAAUCUUUGAAGUAGCCUGGGACCAGGCUCUGCAGUGGGAGUAAAAGCGAAACAAAAAUCGUCGAGGGCGACGAAGAAAUCGGCGAGCCAACCGAGCCAAGCCGUAGUCUGGGGAGGUGUAAAGGUGGCGCCGCCCUUUCACCCUCCCCAGUCCCCCACUCGGCUCACUUUGCUCGCCGAUUUUUGCUGUUUCACCUCGUUUUUUUGCUUUUUCUCCUCACUACGGAGCCUGGUCCCAGGCUGUUGGAGUGACAGUUUGAUAUAACGGCUGUCAAACUUCAAGUUUUUGUCACGUUCACGUGAAGGUAGACCGAGUGGUCACGGAAUCGACAGACAAAAAUAAUCUUCGUAGUAGGCGUGCGAACUUUUAAUAGGUUUCAAAGAAUUAUCUUAGGGCACGGAGACUCGCCCUCUUCCCUCUUUCUCUCUUGUUAAGAUUUAUAGAAAUAAGGAGUUAUAAGAGAAAAGCUCAUAUUUCGUAAUAUACAACAUGGCAUCGACCCCUUUCUGGUAUGCCCUAGUAAGUUGUAUUCAAAAUAAAUUAACGUCAUUUUGUUGGCUUUUUAGGGGCUCCGUUAGCCAUUUUGAAGAUUGUGGGGAUUUGUCUCGGAACAGCUACUGCCUGUGUAUUGAUUGCAAUUGUAGGAUAUAAGUGCAUCAAGUCACGACGUAAUGAGUCUCGACGUGAUGCUGACUGCGUUCCUCUACAGGAGCAGACAAUCGUAGCUUAAGUGAGCUCUACUUGAGAUCAUAACUACAUACACUGCAGCUUUCGGGUUAAGUAAAGCGAAUACCCCGUUAUGCUGAUUUUGAAAUCAGGGGCCCGUUUCUCGAAAGUUGAGAUGAUCACCGGACUUUUGCAGAUAACAUGAUAAAACUGACAGUUAACUAAACAAAAUGCAGGGGUUUGUUGGCUUAGACCCGCGUUUUUAUUCUUUAGAUCUGGAGUUACCGGAACAGGACGUGACCCUGGAUAUCGUAAACAGUAGUGAGCUAAGAAUGGCUAUUUAAUGGUAUUUCAACCCACGGGCAACCUCGACAAGUUUUCUUAACGUAUUGCUUUGACUUCACGCAAUCGUGAGGAAGUGAGAACGAGGGAGAGUUCGGCUAUCUUUUUUUUCUUUCCCUUUGAUUUUCAAAAGAAAAUAAUGAAAAAGGAAGCUAUUUAAAGGGUCCCCUGUUUUUGUUGUCAGUUGUCAGAAAAGGCAAGCAUAAAAUGCAUUGCCCGAGCAUCAGGCGAGAGGGGCUUUUGAGGUCUCCUCUCCCUAAACUCCCCUGGGAGGCCUGGUACUUUGGAUUAUAAGAUGUUUGAAGGUGUCAGGUCGCUGUUAAAAAUUGGC